UUCUCAUCAACACAAACAAGUAUCGAUCAGCUUGCUUCACCACCACAAAAUCCACACUCCACUGCUAUCAAGCUUCAAGCAUCAGAGAGUUCAGGCAGACCAUUGAGCGGCAUCAUCUCCUCCAACGCGGCGAGAAGAACAGAGUUGUAGAGAGAUCAUGGCGGGUGCGGCGAAGGCGUCAUGGAUGGUUGCGAUGAGCGUGGGCGCCGUGGAGGCGCUCAAGGAUCAGGCCGGGCUCUGCCGCUGGAACUACGCGCUCCGGUCCAUCCACCGGACUGCCAAGGCCAGGGCCAACGUCCGUGGCGGCGUCUCGCAGGGCGCAAGGCAGCUUCCGGCUUCCGCAGCGGUGGCGGAGAAGCGACGAGCAGAGAAGACCGAAGAGGGGCUGAGGACCGUGAUGUACCUCAGCUGCUGGGGUCCCAAUUAGUACUACUAGCUACCAAGAGGUGUUUUCUCCUAGCUCCAGCAUCUGUUAGAAACUUCUAGCAACAACCACGCCGUGUGACUUGGCUGGUUAAUUCCCUGCCGAUUAUAAAUACGUAUCACGAUGAUGAUGAUGAAACCUUUCCCCACUUCGAGUUCACAUUAUCCUUCUUCAGAAAGGUUUGAAUUGCCUUUCAAACUGAUCUGUUUGUUUCAAAUUCUUUGGGAAGAUUGUUGUUUCGAGUUGGGCGCAAGCUUUGCCUGUUGCUCUGUUCGAUGGGCAGAGCAUUGAUCCUGCUCCAUUUUCCGCCAGCUUGUGCAGAUGAUAAUCAAAACCUUCUUUUUUUUGCGAA